AUGGCUGCUUGGAGCUGCCUUGUUACAGGAGCAGGCGGAUUCCUGGGGCAAAAAAUUGUCCACUUGUUGGCUGAGGAAAUGGAGCUGCAGGAAAUCAGGGUGAUGGACAUAGCCUUCAAACCAGAAUUGUUGGAGGAAUUUUCUAAGCUACAAAGCAAGGUCAAGGUAACUGUCCUGGAAGGAAACAUUCUGGACAUACAGUGUGUAAGACAAGCCUGCCAGGGGACCUCGGCUGUUAUUCAUACGGCCUCUAUCGUUGAUUUUAAUGAGAAACGAGAAGACGUCAUCAUGAAUGUCAAUGUGAAAGGUACCCAGCACCUCUUGGAGGCCUGUGUCCAGUCAAAUGUGCCCAUCUUCAUUUACACAAGUAGCUUAGAGGUGGCUGGGCCCAACUCCUACAAGGAGGUGGUCCAGAAUGGCCAUGAAGAAGAGCGUCGUGAAACAAUAUGGACAGAUCCGUACCCAUCCAGCAAAAAGAUUGCCGAGAAGGUUGUACUGGCAGCAAGUGGAUGGACUCUUAAAAAUGGUGGUACACUAUACACAUGUGCCUUAAGGCCCAUGUAUAUCUAUGGAGAACGAUCUCAAUACCUUUUGUCCGAUAUCAAACGGGCCCUGAAUAAUAAUGGCAUUCUGGAUUCAUUUAGGCAAUUUUCCAUCGUCAACCCAGUCUAUGUUGGCAAUGUAGCCUGGGCCCACAUUCUGGCUUUAAGGGCCCUUCGAGACCCCAAGAAGGCUCCAAAUAUCCAAGGACAGUUCUACUACAUCUCAGAUGACACACCUUACCAGAGUUAUUCUGACCUCAACUACAAUUUGAGCAAAGAAUUCGGUUUUAGUAUUAGUGCUGGAAUAAGUUGUCCUUUAUUUCUGUUGUACUGGCUGGCAUUUCUUCUAGAAAUGGCGAGCUUUCUUCUUAGUCCAAUUUAUAGAUUCCACCCUCCCUUCACCCGCCACAUAGUGACAUUAACCAAUAGUGUAUUCACCUUCUCAUAUGAAAAAGCAAGUCGAGAUCUGGGGUACAAGCCACUCUUCAGCUGGGAGGAAUCCAGGCAGAAAACCAUGGAGUGGAUUGGCUCUCUGAUAAAAGAACAUAAAACUCUGAAAAGAAAGAUGCACUGA